CCCGCUCCCCCCCGGCCCCCCGGCGAGCCGCUGAUCGGGCACCUGCGCGUAGUGCCGGCCGAGCACCCCGAGCUCCAGUACACGCGGUGGGGCAAGGACUACGGCUCGGACGUGCUGCACCUCUCGGUCCUCGGGCGGUCCAUCGUGGUACUCAACUCGGUCGAGGCGGCGCGCGACCUGCUGGACAAGCGCGGGGCCAACUACGCGGACCGGCCGCGCUUCGUGCUGUUCGAAGUCAUGGGCUGGGGCGUUACGCUGACCUUCCUGCGCUGGUCGCCGCGCUUCAAGCUGCACCGCAAGAUGCUGCAGCAGUCCUUCACUCCCACCGCCUGCCGCGCCUACCGCCCACUCCAGACCGACGAGGCCCGCCGCGCCGCGCGCGCCAUCCUGCAGAGCCCGCACCGCUGGGCGGUGCUGCUGCGCCACUUCUCCACCGCCGUCGUGCUGCGCAUCGGCUUCGGCAUCGCCAUCCAGGACCGCGACGACCCCUACGUGCAGAUGGCCAUCGACGUCGAGGAGGCCACGGGCGAGGGCGGCGUGCCCGGCGCCUCGCUCGUCGACCUGUUCCCGCUGCUGCGCCACCUGCCCGCCCUCGGCGGCCUCCUCGCGCCCCUCGCCCACGCCCGCCGCACCAAGCCCGCCAUCCAGCAGCUUCACGACGCGCCGUGGGCCGCCGUCGAGCCAUCCAUCCGCGCCGCCAAGGGCCACGACGACACGGACACGCAUACGGACACGCACACGGACGCGCACACGAACACGCACACGCACACGCACACGCACACGCACACGCACACGCACACGCACACGCACACGCACACGCCCUCCUUCGUGCACACGCACUUCGGCCGCUACCUGGACAACGAAGCCGCCGGCCGCGCCAACGCGGCGACCGUCGCCGACAUCAAGGGCGCCGCGGGCGCCGUGUCCAUCGCCGGCGGCAACACGACGUGGUCGACCAUCGUCGUGUGCAUCCUCAACCUGGUGCUCCACCCCGACGUGCAAGCCCGCGCGCGCGCCGAAGUGCUCGCCGCCGUGGGCGUCGACGCCGACGGCGCCGCCCUGCGCCUGCCCACCUUUGACGACCGCCCGCGCCUGCCGUGGCUCGACGCCGUCAUCGCCGAGACGACGCGCUGGAUGCCGCUGUCGCCCCUCGGCGUGCCGCACGCCGCCCUCGCCGAAGACAGCUACCGCGGGCUCCGCAUCCCCGCCGGAGCCACCGUGUUCGCCAACGCCUGGGCCAUGUCGCGCGACGCGCGCCACUACCGCGACGCCGACGCCUUCCAGCCCGAGCGCUACGCCGAGCGCGGCGAGCCGCUGCCCGACGGCCCCUUCGGCUUCGGCCGCCGCGUGUGUCCCGGCCAGCACUUGGCCCUGGCCGGCGUGUACAUCAUGGUCGCGACGCUGCUGGCCACGGUCCAUUUGCGGUGUCCCCUGGAUGCGGACGGGAAUGAGGUGCGCCCGCGCGUCGCCUUCUCGAAUGGCUUGAGUAGUGUGCCGGAUAGUUUCGAGUGCCGGAUUACGCCGCUGUCGAAGCGGUCCAUGGAGUUGCUCGAGGGCGUGUAA